CACCAUGAAGCUCUCGUACUUGCCCUCCUCGCCUUUGCCUUGGACGCUGUCUCGGGUGCGAGCACGCCUGGUGUCGCUGCCGGCGUCACGGGCGGUGGCAACGCAGCACCCGUCUACCCCAAAAACACCAACGAGCUCAAGGCGUACCUCCAGGAAGCGGUGCCCCGGGUCAUUGCCCUCAAUAAGACGUUCGACUUUCGCGGCACCGAAGGAACAACGUCCGAGACGGAGUGCCGUCCCGACUACACGCGCGAGUGCAUCGCCAAGAAGAAAGCCUUCAAGAGCCAGGACGUGAUCCUUGCGGCGGCUGCACCAACGGCACGCCCGUUCAAGUCUUGUACGACGUGGCCGGGCCAGAGAGGCGUCAUUGUCGGCAAAGGCCUCUGGCUCCGCGGCGACAACAUCAUUCUCCAGAAUGUCCACGUGACGAACCUCAACCCGCAGUCCCUAAAGAUCUGGAUCGACCACGUUAAAAUCUCCAACGUCGGUCGGCUGAUGCUCACGACGGACGGCGCCAACAGUAUCACCGUCAGCAACUGCGACUUUGACGGCGAGACCGAGUGCAACCUCAAGGUGAGCUACCUCAACAACUACUUGGUGCAAGUCCACACCGCCAACAUCUACGGGCACGACAACUCGGGCCACUCGUUCGAGGUCGACGAAGCGUACGUGCUCUCGGUAGGCAACUUUUUCGCUGCGACCACGUCGCCCAAUCUCGCCGAGCCCAAUGGCUGGAUCAUGUCGACGACGAACGCCAACAAGGGCAGCUGCAAGGCGGCGCUCGAUCGCGACUGCCCGGCCAAGAUGAAGGGCCUCGCCACAACGUUCGCGGCCAAGCCUGCUGCGCGUCUCACCUUGUCGAGCGCCAACUUUGGUGUCGGCAACCUCUAA